CUCUAACAUAGUUUGUCCCACAGUUUGUCCCAGGGUGGCUCACAGGUUUGUUCUACAUGGACUGCAGCUGUCCCAACAUCUUGCCAACUAUAUCUUUAUAUAGAGUCACAACUGGAUCUCUAAAAGGUCUUGACUGAAAUACCCACGUUUUAAAGAUUGAAAGGGUCUUCUUUUAAGGAUCUCAUGACGAGUUACAGUAACGGUGGAGUUUUUAACCCAGCCUACCAUGACAGUGAGACAUUGGAAAUUGACAAGAGGUCCAGGAAACACCAGCACGCCAAUCCUUAUGCAAGAGAAAAUCCACACUGGUGGGGGGAGAAUGCUGAGCCCAGAGAUGAUACUGAAUGGGGAGCACCCACGGAUGAAUGGACUGGGACAGAAAACUUCCCCAUGGGGCUCAUUUCGCCACGCCAGGGAAGUUCUCACUGGCAGCAUAACCUCAAUCACAGCACAUUUCACAUUGACCCAGAGUCUCAGUAUGAUCGACCAUCACCUGUUGGACCUUAUUCUUCAAGUUCAGUAGGCAACAUGACAAUGAGAUGGAGAGGAAUAGCAAUGCGACGAAUGAGUAUGUUUCCUGAUGCUGAUCCUGCCCAUGCAGCUUUCACAGAAGAUGCCAUCAAGAGUGAGAUGGAAAAUGAGGAGCAAAACCUUGUCAAGGAGCUUGUUGCUCUGUCAACAACAGAUCAAAUCAGGAAGAUUCGGGAGCUACCGAUGAGCUUUGAAGAGAAGAAACAUGUCAGGACUCAAGUAAUGGCAUUCAAAUCUUCAAAACCGUCUCACCAGUUUACACGUUUAUCGGAUUGCUCCAGAAAUAUAUCACUGUCUAUACGAAGGUGUGGUUACAGUAUAAAAUCAGCAAGGCAGACCCUGGAGCUUUGGCAUGGCAUCAUGAAAGAGAUCGGAGGCAAAUUUGGCUCCAGUGUUCUCAACUAUUUUGUGCUUCUGAAAUGGCUUCUCAUGUUCAACAUUUUCUCCUGCCUGGUCAACUUUGGCUUCAUUACCAUCCCACUUCUUGUUUCUGACGACACACCCAACAUUCCCUCAAAAGUGGGCUUUAGAGGACUGGAGUUACUGACUGGAGCUGGAUAUUUCAACUAUACUAUCAUGUAUUACGGGAGCUACAGCAAUGAAACACUUAAUGGGCGGGUGGAUUACAACAUGCAGCUGGCCUAUUUCUUCACAAUCGCUGUCUAUAUGGUGCUGUGUGGAAUCGUGCUCAUUUUCAGCAUGGCAAGCUCAUUUAAGAAAAACUUUGCCUUGGCAAACCCAGCUUCAAAUAAUGCGUGGCAGCUUUUAUGCAGCUGGGAUUUCAGUAUAACCAAUGAGAGAGCAGUAAACCAGCGCAAGAACAACCUUCGAGUCCAGCUAAAGGAGUCUUUAUCAGAAAAGGCACACAGAGAGCGACAAACAGUUUCUCAAAAACUGAAGCACUAUGGGAUUUAUAUUAGUUCCUGGCUACUCUCCACCAGUUUAGCUGUUGGCUGUGGAGUGAGCAUCUUUUAUCUCUGCCAAUAUGAAGAUAAGCAGGCUGUAGACACUGAAACUUGGUCCCUACUUCAGGAAGCCGAGACACUCCUAGUUCCUUUCGUAGUGUCUUUGAUGAAUAUGGUCAUUCCCCUAUUCUUCUCCCUCUUCAACAAGUUUGAACACUUCUCCAACCAGCGCAAACAGAUUUAUGCCAUGUUGUUCAGAAAUGUCAUACUCAGGAUGUCCAUUUUGAGUGUUUUGUGCUACUACUGGAUAUAUAUGGUGCCUCAGAAAUUCACCUGCUGGGAGCCCAUGGUUGGGCAGGCUGUGUACCGUUUGGUCAUUGUUGAUUUCAUUUUUCUGAUGUUGGGAUCCUUCUUUGGAGAGUUUCUUAGCAAUGUGAUUGGGACCACGUUACAACCACGUCUAGGUGUACCAGAGUUCGACGUAGCCAGAAAUGUCCUGGAAAUCAUCUACGCCCAGACUCUAGUCUGGAUUGGAAUCUACUUCUCUCCUCUGCUACCUGUCAUCCAGAUUUUCAAAUUCUUCAUCUUGUUUUACUUAAAAAAGGUGAGUUUGACUCGGAACUGCCAGCCUCCACAACGAUCAGGCAGGGCAGCUCAAAUGAAAACCAUCUUCAUCUUUCUCCUCUUCUUCCCUUUCUUUGUCGGAGCACUAUCAAUAGUUGCAUACACUGCCUGGAGUCUGACCCCCUCUGAGCAGUGUGGCCCUUUCCGGGGACUCAACAGCACCUUCAGUGUGAUUGGAGAAUGGAUAGAUGAGGUGGACAAAAUUCCUGGUUCUGAGUGGGUUGUGUGGAUCUAUCAAAACGUCAUCAGGAGUGAAAUCUUCUACUUUCUUGUCACACUCAUCAUCCUUGUCAUCAUAUACAUCUUCUGGCAGCUCACUCAGGGCCGCAAGGAGCUCAUCAUUCUUCUGAGACAGCAGAUUGUUAAUGGGAGUGAAGACAAGUCCUUUCUGUUAGACAGGCUGCAGAACCUCCAGAAAUCUGAUCCUAAACAUAAUAAACAGAAAAAACAGACAACACACACAAAACAACAUUCAGCUGAGCAUUCCAGUGGAAGGCAGUCCCAUUCAAACGCAGUGGUUCAGGUUCUACUCGCUCGCCAACAGCUGGAAGAAGAGGAGAGACGCAGUGCCAGUGGGGUGGCAGUUCCGUCGGACAUUUCCACCUCUGACGCCAUGAUGCAGGCCAUGCUGGCCCGUCAGAAAGCUGAGAGACAGGAUGAAAAUUUUUACAAGAUCCCCAAUGAAUACCCUCCAUCCCUUGAUGCGGUCGCACUGAGCAUGGCAGCCAGACAGAGGGCCGAAGAGGAGGAUGAAUACUGGAGCAUGACUGACUUUAAUCAAAGUAACCCAGUUAACAGAUUUGGCAUGCAAGCCAGAGAAAGAGCUGAAGGCAACAGAGAAGAUGAUCCAAACGAUGCCUUGUCCCCAGUAUCAAGUGUAAUGAUUCAAGUCAUGCAAGCCAGGCAGAGAGCAGAGGAAGAGGAAAGGAGUCAGUCGACCCGUGCUCCUGGGCAAAACCCAGCUCCUUCUGGCUCCAGUGCUCUCAUCCAGGCCAUGUUAGCACGGCAGCAGGCACAAAAUGAAUAUGAUGAUGGUUACUGAUCAAAAGCCUCAGACUUUAUCUUUCCACAUAAACAAUGUUUGAAUACAUUUGUAGGGUAACAAUCACAUAUUGUGUUAUGAUUAAUUUACAUUAAGUCAGAUAUUUCUCUAGACUGAAACUCAUUCAAAACACAAGAGUUACUGCAACAAGUCAAUAAGAGCUGCAGGUUUAUAGAAGUAUAUAUUGUAUUUGUGAGUUGUAAUGUAUUUCCCAUGUUUGUAGAAAUGAACAUAUAGAAAUGAACAGUGGGGUUUAUCAUGUGCCAUUUUAAGUGCAAUUUAUUAAAACUCUUAAUAUAUUAUAACAGCCUACACUAUUGUUGGCUAUCAAUAACUGUUACCUCACAGAAAAUUAAACAGUCGUGUGUCUUGCAUGAACAGAUUAAGACUAUUUGAUUUUAUUUAACUUGAUUAUCAACUUUGAACAGUAGAGCAAAAUUUCAAAUAUUUAAUUGCAAGAACUCUUAUUUUUUUCAUUUGUUAUAUAUUUUAAAAAAAUAAACUGAGGGAAAAAAAAUACAUACAAAGAUUCUGGAGAUAAAGCAGCUUAUCCUGUUUUAGUUUUCAAAAGUUUAGAAAGGUCUGAAAAAGAAGUGAAAGUAAUUGAAAUGCAGCAUACAAGAAUGCUUAUGUAAAGAAAAGAAAAAUGUAAUUAUUCUGUAAAAAGUAAACAAUAUGAAAUGUAAAGUUAAGUGGUUUGGUACAUAAACUACGUUUUGCAGAGA